AUGGCGCUGGCCUCUGAUAUGAACUGCAGUGGCAGUGGCUGGUACUGCUUCGACCGCGCCAGCUGCGAGCACAGGUGGCACCGGCUGCGACCUCUCAUGACCUCUCAGGGAUGGCCGGAAACGCGGCAGGUAGGGGGCAUUCUCUCCCCCGACCCCGAAGAAAACCCCCACUGGUGGACAGCCAAUCACGUCUUCGUGCCUUACUGCUCGUCCGACUCGUGGGCGGGAACGAGGCGGGCGGCCGACGGCUCCGGGGAAUUCUCGUUCAUGGGCAGCUUGAUCGUCGAGAAAGUAGUCGACCAGCUGCUCGCACUCAACCUCACGCACGGCCAUAAGCUCAUCUUGGCAGGGAGCAGCGCGGGCGGUGUGGGCGCGCUGGUGAACGUGGACCGCGUGGCGGCGCAGCUGGCGCGGCAGGGCAUCCGGGCGGAGGUGCGCGCCGUGGCCGACUCGGGCUGGUUCCUCGACAACGAGCCCUUCGCGCCCCUCAAGUGCGUCGACGCCCACAGCUGCCCGCCCGUCGAGGCCAUCCGCCGCGGCCAGGAGCUGUGGCGCGGACGCAUCCCCGACGCAUGCGCGGAGCAGUACCCGCGCCACCCGUGGUACUGCUACUUCGGGUACCGCCUCUACGAGACCAUGAAGGCUCCUCUGUUCAUCUUCCAAUGGGUGUUCGACGAGGCGCAGAUGACAGCUGAUAACGUAGGGAAACCCAUAUCGAAGGAACAGUGGGAUUACAUACACAGCAUUGGCGAGAGACUCAGGAAAACGUUCGAGAAUGUCACGGCCCUGUUCGCGCCGUCCUGCAUCUCGCACACCGUCCUCACCAAACGCGACUGGUCCAGCGUCAAGAUCGGAGACGUGUCGCUCCCGCAGGCCCUUUACUGCUGGGACAUCACUCCUGCCGCAGCCCUCCACGCCAAGUCCUCCUCGGGGCGUCACCACGUCAGAGUCCAGCUGGAGGAGCACCAUCACGACCCGGCCCACCACUUCGGCCACGACCGCCACGGCAGCCAUCACGACCCUUCAUCCGGCGAAAGGGAGAGGGACGGCAGGAGGAAGAGCAUCCGCAGGAGAAACAACAGCGAACGGGACAGGGAAGACGGCAGGAGGCGCAGGGGGAGGGGCAAGAAGUCCCGGAGGAAAACCCAGGAGGAGAGCGGGCAAGGCGAGGAGGACCUGGCCAACACGAGAGCCGGCGGGGAGCAGGGCAGCCACGGCUCGAGCAAGAGGUCCCACAGGAAGACGAGCCGCAGACAGUCCCAGGGGGCGGGGAGGCCGGACGUCCUCAACAGGGAGAUGCUGGCGGACUCACCCAGGGACAGCUCCAAGGGCCCGGACAAGCACGCCGCUCCUCCGUACCUCGUGGAGUCCAACGCCAUCGACACGACGCAGGAAAGCACGAAACUCAAGCAACAGCAAGAAGAGGCCGAGAAGAGGGAAGACGACAAGAAGGAACUCACCAGGAAGGAAAGGAGGAGGAGAAGACAGAAGAAGAAAAACCGAAACAAGAACAGGAAGAAGAGAAAAAGGAAUAAAAAGAGGGGGAAGAAGAGGAACAGGAGACAGAGAAAUAAGGACAAAACAAGGAAGAAGAAGAGAAAAUCCAAAGUUUCAUCUGAAGCAGAGACGGUGCUAGGAGACGCGGUUAGACAGGCUCGUUCCAUUGCUCUCCUCCAUUCCAAACAGACCUCCCUCCACCACUCUCCACCUUCCUCCACCACAGAAUCUCCAACACCACCAUCACACCACCACACGAUGCCGCCGCUCUCACUAACAAUUGACAAUCCGUCUUCAUUUUCAUCUUCUUCACCAUCAUCUUCAUCCUCUUCAUCUUCAUCGUCCACCACCUUCUCUGACUCACCGCCAUCCCCCGCGACUCACACAGCUCCGAGUCGCGAGUCGAGUGAGGAUUUGCACGAGGAAAUGUGUCCUGCUAACACGUUGCACUUGACCGACCGCUGCGCCUGGCCCCAGUGCAACUACGCAUGCCCGGUCCUCCUCAACCCGUUCACAGGCGAAGAAAUGAACUUCAUUGAACUCCUCAAGAGCUUCGGCCUAGAUAUGGCCAGUGUUGCUAAUGCUCUGGGAAUCGACAUCCCCACUUUGAACUCGAUGGCCAAUGAUGAACUUUUGCACAUUCUUACACAGUGAUUUGUACCCUUACUGUGUGUGUAUUUAUUAUCACAUUGUGAAUUGAUGGAGGAAGGUAUUUACAUAUCCCGUGCGAGUAUGUGUGUGUAUGUGUGUGUGUGUACUUUCCCUCCUUACAAUGGGCAGGUUUGAUGUGUUGUGAAGUUCGUAAUUAAUGUGCUGGAUGGUCUUCUGUAAGUAACGUACAACGGAGUUAUACUAGUCCUGUAGAAAAAAGAGAGAAAUAAUGAUGAAUAGGAUGACAAAGAGAGAAAACGAGAGAGGAAAUGGGAAGAAACGUACAAUCUUUCAAAAGAUGUAUUUUUUUUUAUCUCAUUGGUUUAACAAGACCUCUCCUGUAGAUAUAUAAAGGUUUAGAAGCUUGAAAAGGGUAUAUUAUGUAUGCCAAAUGAGUGUCGUAAAAACACCUGAAGUGAAUGUAGCCAGGGGUUGGUAGAGAAAGCAGUUUGUGAGACUUUACUCGAGACUGAAGCAUUUUUUCUGUUCCAAAGUGUGUUGAAUUAAGUAUAGUGUGUAGUUUACGAUGCAUUUAGAUGAGAAUUAUUUUUUAGGCCUAAUCCACUGGUGCAUUUUAUAUAAAGAUCAUACAAUUUAAAUCUGUUUUGUCCCUUUGUGCCAAGGACAAUGUUAUUAUAUUAGUGUUUUUUUCUUCUUCUAAGUUAACGGAUGAGCUUUAUAUUUAUAUAUAUAUAACUGUAGAGAUUUUCUUUUUAAAUUGUGAUAUGCUUAACGCUUUUACACAUAGUACAUUCUCCCUCAUUUACACCCAAUAGCAUAGCUUGUACAUACCCAUCGAGACACAGAAUGGAAUGUGUAUGGAUGAAAGGGUUAAGACAUAUCAACAGACAACCAUAGCUAAGUACAAGUAGUGUGAUGGAGCUUCUGUUCUUCACGAAUUAAAAAAAAAAAAAAU